GAUGCCCAAUGUCAAUGUAGGCCAAACUUCAGAGGUCGCUUCUGUGAUGAACCAUCUGACAAGUAUUGCUCAAUGAUAAAUUGUGUCCAUGGCAACUGCAUAUUUCAUGACAAGGAUCCCGAUCACUACUUCUACUGUGAAUGUGAGCCAGGAUACGGAGGACCAAAUUGCAAUGUUGAUAUCGAAAAUCUUUGCUCUGCAGCAAGCACAGGUAGCGCUCCCUUUUGCCAAAAUGGGGGAACAUGUACUGUUGAUAAAAUCGACCCAUAUAGAGCCAUAUGCUUGUGUCCAGCAAACUUCACAGGACCAAACUGUGAAGAACCUUCAUGCUCAUGUCCUCC